ACUUCAGACUAGUUGACCCCCCUCCUUCUGGACACCGUGGCGGGGGUCCGAAUGUGCACACCAAGAGUGUUUUUUAUUUUUAAAUUUCUAUAUGACCACAUCACGGCUGACUCAUUUAAAUAAUACGGAAAAAAAAUAAGAUGGCUGCUAAUCUUUAGCGUCGCUUGGUGUAUGAAUACAUUAGUGACAUUUUGUAUCAAUAAAUUUAUAUUCUUCUGCAGUUUUGUGAUAAAUAUAAGUGAUUUUAAGCAACUUCCGUACAAGAUACUGAAAUAAUAAAAUAAUAUCUGAAUAACUCUUUAGUUACCAGUGCAAUUGUCAACUAGUGCAGUGAAUUUGGUGGUCUCUAAAAAUAUAAAUAUCAGUUGAUUAUAUAUAAAAUAAUAAAUAAUAAAUAAAACAUAUAAAUGGCUCGGAUCAAGCAGGUUGUCCGCAAAUAUGGUCAUGAAGCUGCUUAUAAGCUUUCAGCGAAGCUGAAAGCUUACCAGACCGCGCAAGCGGCUGGAAAAAAAUCCGAGCCUUCCUCUGCAGGUCAAAAAUCUAGACCUUCGCAAUCUCCCAUAGCGAAGCCAUAUCGCUUCCGUCCUGGUGUGGUAGAACUCCGGAAAAUUCGCCGGUACAAAAAAAGUACAGAGCUUAUCAUCUGCAAAUUGCCUUUCCAACGGCUCGUUAGUGAAAUCACCAAGAGUUUCAAAGCCGGGUUUCGAUUUCAAUCUGCUGCUCUUGCGGCUCUUCAGGAAGCUGCCGAAGAUUAUCUCACUGGUUUGUUUCGAGAUACCAAUCUUUGCGCUGAUCACGCCAAUCGCGUCACUAUACAGCCCAAGGACAUGAUCUUGGCUCUUCGGAUUCGCGGAGAGCGCAGAUUUUUUUAAUAACCUA